CAUUUUUCUAAUUACAUUUCUUUUUGAAAAGUUGCUCAAAGAACAUGAAAACACAGAAUCUCACAAGUUUCUCUGAAUUCCAUCUCAUGGGCUUCUCACAGAACCCAGACCUGCAGCCUGUCCUCUUUGGACUGUUCCUGUCCAUGUACCUGGUCACAGUGCUCGGGAACCUGCUCAUCAUUCAGGCUGUCAUCUCUGACUCCCACCUCCACACCCCCAUGUACUUCUUCCUCUCCAACCUGUCCCUCUCUGACAUCUGCUUCAUCUCCACCACGGUCCCAAAGAUGACUGUGGACAUCCUAACUCACAGCAGAGUCAUCUCCUAUGUGGGCUGCCUGACACAGAUGUCUUUUUACAUCUUUUUUGGAUGUAUGGAUCACAUGCUUCUGACUGUGAUGGGAUAUGACCGGUUUGUGGCCAUCUGUUACCCUCUACAUUACCCCAUCAUCAUGAACCCUUUCUUUUCUGUCUUCUUACUCUCAGUGUGUUUCUUAAUUAGCUUUUUGGACUCACAGAUGCACAAUAUGAUUGCCUUACAACUUACCUGCUUCAAAAAUGUGGAAAUUGCUAAUUUCUUCUGUGAGCCUUCUCAACUCCUUAACCAUACCUGUUCAGAUCCCUUUACCAAUAUUAUAUUAAUGUAUUUAUUUGUUGUGAUAUUUGGUUUCUUUCCUAUCUCAUGGAAUCUUUACUCUUACUAUAAAAUUGUUUCCUCUAUUCUGAAAGUUCCAUCAUCAGGUGGCAGGCAUAAAGCCUUCUCCACCUGUGGGUCUCAUCUGUCAGUUGUUUGCUUAUUUUAUGGAACAGGCAUUGGAGUGUAUCUUAGCUCAGCUCUAUCACAAUCUCCCAGGAAAUGUAUGGUGGCCUCACUGAUGUACACUGUGGUCACACCUAUGUUGAAUCCCUUUAUCUACAGCCUGCGGAACAGGGACAUGAGCAGUGCCCUGAAGAGACUCCAAGGAAGAACAGUCUGA